GCCCCGAGCUAGUAAGGGAACACCGUAUACCACACGCGCCACGCGAGAGGCCUACUACAUACGUUUAUGUGUAUACACGCAGCAGCUCGGUACCACACCCAUACAUAGAUAUACAGGCGUAUUCGUAUCCGAAGUGCGGGUAUAUAUAUAUAUAUAUACACCGGAGGACUGCGGAAGGAAGCGAUGACCUUACGCAUUGGGACGAUCUUGCUGAUAUGCUGCGCCGGCUGUGUCCUGGCGCAGUACGGCGGCGACGGCGGACACACGCCGCCGAAGAAGCCUCUGCUGAUACCCGGAGCCAGACGGAUCAAGCAGCCCGUGGCUUCGCCGAGAAUAUCCAGUCCGUCCUCCCAGACGAGUAUCAUUAAUCAGAGAUUUCGACGACCGAUACCCAUAAACAGACCACGACCGUCGAUCGAGUCGAUCCCGGAGUUGCCGGUCUUCACCUCAGGAAUCCGCGGCUCUCGGCCAUCGUCGGCGAUCAACCUUGAGCAGAACGACGAGCCGUCGUUACCGAUCCAGACGAUCCAGCAGCCGCACAUAGUUCACGCUCAGUCGAUCGGCUUACCGCACUCGCUGCUCCAGAAGCCCGAGGUCAAGCCGGUCAACGAGGAGAACGAGAAGGACGAGGACGUAGUCCAGGUGAUCGCCAACCUUGGCCAGGUAUCGACUUACGGAGCUCAGGGCAACCUGCUGACACCGACCCCCUUACCCCUGGCUGUAUCGACGGUCAGUGCUUAUGGCCAACUUCAAUCCGAGCGACAACAGGAGAACAGGCAUCACGACAGACAGCAGGAGCAGAGGCUAGGCGAGAGGGUCGAGGAGCAGAGACAACAUGACAGGCAGCACGAACAGAGACAACACGAGAGACAACAGGAGCUCAGACAUCACGAUCUGAGACAGCAGAAUAGACCGCAGGGUAACUUUCCGACACCGGCCCCCUUACCCGCGGCUGUACCUACGGUCGGUGCUUACGGGCAUCUUCAGUCCGAGCGACAACAGGAGCACAGGAAUCACGACAGACAGCAGGAGCAGAGGCUAGGCGAGAGGGUCGAGGAGCAGAGACAACAUGACAGGCAGCACGAACAGAGACAGCACGAGAGACAGCAGGAGCACAGACAGCAUGAUCAGAGACAACAGGAGAGGCAGCAGGAGAGACUGCAGGACAGGCAGCAGGAGAGACAGCAUCAGCAACAGGAUAGCAUGGGAAGACAGCUGGAGCAGAGACAACAGCAAGAGCAACGACUGCAGCAACAGGUUCAAGCGAUUCAGUACAGGCCCGCCCAACAGAUCGCCAGGUCGUCGGCUAAUGUCAUUGAUCAGGUCCAUCAAGUGAUCGCGCCGGUGCAGUACAGGCCGCAAAAACCUGCCAGGCUUCAGAAGCAGCAACAGCAGCAGCAUCACUCGGAGCGCAACGAGUACGACAUCAACGAGGCUCGUCCGGUUGUCAAGCAGAGGGCUCAGGUGGCGCCGAAGAAGUCCAAGCCACACUCCGACUACUACGAGGGAAGGACCAAGAAACCCGUCGCUCAGGUGAUAAGGCGCUACCGCGAGGAAACAGCCGACGGCUCGAUAAUCUGGGGCUUCGAAAACGACGACGGUUCCUUCAAGGAAGAAAUGAUCGGUAUCGACUGUAUCACCCGAGGCAAGUACGGCUACGUCGACCCCGACGGUCUGAGGCGCGAGUACACCUACGAGACCGGCAUCAAGUGCGACGAAGAGACCCAGCAACAACAGGACCAGGACAUCCUCAACACCUUCGUCGACUACCAGGAGAACAAACUCGUGCUGCCAAGCGGCAAGACCAUCGACCUCAGCAGUAUGGGCAAGAAACAAGCGCGCAGACCCUCUUACAGGAAUUUGUAAGGGAUUUUUCGACGAGAGAGAUUAUAAGAUUGGAGAUGUGCGAGGGAGAGUUUGUGAUGGUUUGUUUUUCGAGCGAGGCUCCAGAGCUCGUUAUUUUGCAUGCCUCGCUUCGCGUGGAUAUUAAUUAUACGGAUACGCGAUUUUUUUUUUUUUUUUUUUUUUUUUUUUAUGUACAUGAUCGAAUUUUUGUCCGUGUAAAGUUUUGAUCGGCACGUGUAACGAUCGAUGCGAGGAAGAUUAUAAAUUUUAAAGUCAGAGGUAGAGUUAUUAUAAUGAAGGAAAGCAUAAAUUAUUCGCAAAGCAAUGUUGCAAUAUUCAAUUAGUAAUUUUUGACGGCCGAAAUUGAGAUUAUGAGAUCGCGGAGGUUAAUUAUAUAGUGUGAUUAUAAGUUACUUUUACAUAAUAAUUCUGUAUAUUGAAAGUAAAUUUUUUAAGUCUUAAGUUAUACACGAUAAAGUCAAAUGAGAUUUUGGCAAUGAAUUUGCUGUAAAUUGCCCUACGCCUUUUGUACUUAAAAAGUCUGCCAGAUUUCGCCCGAGUUUUUUUUAUACAUUAUACUUAAUAAGAAUUUUAUACACAGUGUAUUAUAUUGGUGCGUAUAACGAUCGAAACUAUUGUGAAAAUUAUCGCAGCACUCCAGUGUCAGUUUUAAAUACUUUAGCAGUAACUGCAGAUCAUCAUCAAUGAUUUUCGGUCCCAACGAUCAAAAUCAAUUGUCAUUGAAGCUUUCCUCGAAUUUUCAAAGUGCAUUCUAAAUCAUCAUGACCAAAUACAUAAUGAUCAAUUCGUAAAAAGCGUAUAGUGUAGUGUAAGUACUUAUAGUUUGUAAUUUAAGCUAAUAUUUGUAUUAAAUUCGUACAAAAUAAAAGUACUCUGUAAAAAC